UGCAGAUGAAGAACUACUGGUAGAGAAAAUCUCUCUCCUCACUCUCUCUCUCUCUCUACAAGCUCAAUUGGCCAUGAAUCUCAGGUCAAUUAACUCCUCGUAGAACCCCAUCGAAAUUGUCUUUUUAUGUACUUUUGUUUUCACUCACACUCUCACUAAUGGCGUCCGAUUCUAACUCGUCAACGUCUUUCGACCACACCACUGAACAAAACCCUAACCCUAACCCCAAUUCGAUCGAUCACUCACUCGACGCUAUCGAAGAUAAAUUGGCCACAAUCGCAUUGUCCCAACCCGACACCAAUGAAGAGCCAUUCAAGGAGGUCACAAAUGGAUUGGUCGAUAAUCACAAUCACCAGGAGAGCACAGCAGGUGAGUUCGAAGAAGAGAGUCGUAUCAAUCAAAAACAAGAGUCCUCUGAGGUUGAAGUGGUCGAAGAAGAGGUCCGAGAGAGUUCGUCCAGUGGCGUUGUGUGGAGGAGAACCAAUUCGGAGCUCGAAGUCGAUGCGCCGUCGAGCCCCAGUAGCAGUGGAUAUGCCGGUGGGAGGGGCAGUAGUAGUGGCACUAGUGCGUCUGGAAUUGAGGAUGUUGGUGAAGACGAAAUUCGUGAAGUUAAUGAAAAUGAUGAUGAUGAUAUAUUCGAUAGGGUUUCAGAUUCACAAGCCUCUCCUUGGGUUCCCGGGAAGCGGCAUGUCGACGAGGAUGAUGCUUCUAUUUCGUGGAGGAAAAGGAAGAAACACUUUUUUAUUUUGAGCAACUCUGGAAAACCAAUAUAUUCCAGAUAUGGAGAUGAACACAAGCUAGCGGGAUUUUCAGCAACAUUGCAGGCCAUCAUAUCAUUUGUGGAGAAUGGUGGAGAUCGUAUCAAGUUGGUAAGGGCAGGAAAACACCAGGUGGCUUUCCUUGUAAAAGGUCCAAUCUACUUGGUUUGCAUAAGCUCUACAGAAGAGCCUUACGAGUCAUUAAGGGGGCAAUUGGAGCUUAUUUACGGUCAGAUGAUACUUAUUCUUACAAAGUCUGUAAAUAGAUGUUUCGAGAAGAACCCAAAGUUUGAUAUGACACCUUUGCUUGGAGGAACAGAUGUUGUCUUCUCUUCUCUCAUCCAUUCUUUCAGUUGGAACCCAGCCACUUUUCUUCAUGCAUACACCUGUCUUCCACUUGCCUAUGCAACAAGGCAAGCUGCAGGUGCCAUUUUGCAAGAUAUUACUGAUUCGGGUGUGCUUUUUGCAAUAUUAAUGUGUAAACACAAGGUCAUCAGUCUUGUUGGUGCACAGAAAGAAUCCCUUCAUCCUGAUGAUAUGCUGCUACUUGCAAAUUUUGUUAUGUCAUCUGAAUCAUUUAGGACAUCUGAAUCUUUCUCACCAAUUUGCUUGCCAAGAUAUAAUCCCAUGGCAUUUUUAUAUGCUUAUGUCCAUUAUCUUGAUGUUGAUACAUACUUGAUGUUGCUCACCACCAGUUCUGAAGCCUUUUAUCAUCUUAAAGAUUGCAGGAUUCGUAUUGAAAUGGUCCUUUUGAAGUCAAAUGUUCUCAGUGAAGUUCAGAGAUCCUUGUUAGAUGGCGGCUUGCGUGUUGAGGAUUUGCCUGUUGAUCCAUCCCCUCGUUCUGGAUCUUUGUCUCCUCAUUUAGGUCAGCCCAGACUUGCUACCGACUCACCAGAGAGAUUCAGGGAAGCCUUUGUUGGUAUUGGUGGUCCUGCUGGACUCUGGCACUUCAUGUAUCGAAGUAUUUUUCUGGACCAGUAUGUAUCUUCUGAGUUCUCAUCACCAAUCAACAGUUCCCGACAGCAGAAGAGAUUAUAUAGGGCUUACCAGAAACUUUAUGCUUCCAUGCACGACAAAGGAAACGGACCCCACAAAACUCAAUUUAGAAGAGAUGAAAACUAUGUUCUACUCUGCUGGGUCACCCAAGAUUUUGAACUUUAUGCUGCAUUUGAUCCACUUGCUGACAAGGCUUUGGCUAUAAAGACUUGCAACCGGGUCUGUCAAUGGGUGAAAGAUGUUGAAAAUGAAAUUUUCUUGUUGGGAGCAAGCCCCUUUUCAUGGUGAUCCUCCCCAAAUUUUAUGUAACACAAAAUGUAUUCUAUUUUUUUUUUUUUUUUUGCCUCCCCCCUAAUAAAAUCCUGCGAAAUCUUUGGAAUGCCUUGUAUUUGCAUAGUUGUGUUUUACCUUCUGAAUUAGCAAAUAGAAUCCCAAUAGUAAUUUUUAGGUUUGUUCAAAUUACAUUAUGAAAUUUUUCAUUCACUUUGUACCACAAUUUUUCACAUGAAGGCAAAUUUAUUCAAUUGAUUAGUUUUUUGUGGAAAAAGAA